CGUUCACCCACUCACGUGCGUCGCUUAUCAGUCAACAAGAUUAAACAGCACUAAAAACAGGUAUAUAAUAUACUUUUGGUUACAUACAUUCAGAAUUAAAAUUCUAGAAUGAACAAAGUAGUCUAGUAGUUUCAGUGAUCUGACCUGUGAAAAUUCAUACUAAAGUAGACUUUACGGCUGAUGUACGACUGAACAGGUUGUAGUGGAAGGAGAAAAUGGAACCCGAUGUCAACAGAGGUUUGCAAAAUGGGGGCAAGUUUGGACGGUUCCAGGUAACAAUGUACGUCAUUCUGGCCGUCUACAUAUGCUGCCCUUGCCCAUGGCAGAUGUUCAUCAUUGUGUUUAUAGGAGCUGAUUUACCUCAUCACUGCCGCAUACCCGUGAAUGCAACUGUUAAUGGAUCAAUUCCGACAAUUGUGAACGCGCGUGGAGAAGAGGAGCUAUCCCAAUGUACAAUGUACGAAAAUGUAUACGCAAAUUCAACGGGGAACGUGACGAGACAGAUCGUGCCUUGUAAAGAUGGUUGGACGUUCUACAAAGAGACGGACCUUACGCACACGAUAGGCAUGGAGUGGAACCUUGUCUGCAAAGAUGCCCCCUUGGUUGGUAUGGCUCAGACGAUCUUCACAGCUGGCGUUCUCGUUGGGGCACUCUUCUUCACCUCUAUGGCGGACAACAUCGGGAGAAAGCCAAUAUUCCUGUGCUGCCAGCUCCUCAUGGCAGUCUGUGGCUUAAUUAUCGCAUUCCAGCCGAGUUAUAUCGUAUUUGUUGUUCUUAGAUUUUUCAUUGGAAUGGGGCAACAGGGAGCAGAUCUAGUGGGCGUGAUUUUAGCAGCCGAACAGUUUGCAUUAAAACAACGAACGCUGAUUAUGCCGGCUAUGGCUUGUUUCUGGGGAAUUGGUGUUAUCAGCACUAGUCUUAUUGGUUUCUUGUUCAGAAAUUGGCGACAUGCUCAGAUCUUCAUAUCAGCCGUAUCUCUACUCUCCAUUCCCCUCAUAUGGAUACUUCCGGAGUCGCCCCGAUGGCUGACUGUGAACAGGAAAUACAAGAAAGCCCUCCGUGUCCUCCAGCGAAUGGCUAAGUGCAACGGUCGCCCCAUCGAGGACGAGGUGGUCCAGCAAUAUAAGGCUGCAAUCGCAAGAAAGACAGCUGAGAAGGAAAAGGAUUUGGAAACGUAUGGCUCCAUGACAAUGAAGGAAAAGAUGUGCGGAGGAAGGAGCCAUAACAGAAUGAAGGCUUUUACAGUUGUUGACAUAUUCCGCCAUAACGAAAUUCGCCUAGACGCUUUCAUCAUAUGUUGUUCAUGGUUCGUCAAUAGCCUUGUGUAUUUUGGUCUCUCAUUGAGUGCAGGUUCUUUAGCAGGGGACCGAUUUCUCAACUUUUUCUCGCUCGGAGUUGUGGAGACCCCUGCGUUUAUUUCCUGUAUAUAUUUCUACAAAAAAGUUGGCAGAGGGAGGCCAUUAUGUGGAUUCCAUGUUCUAGCUGGAGUGUCUUUAUUUAUCAUGAACUUCAUACCAGAAAAGACAGCUGAUGGGUGCAGUUUGCAGCCGCUGAUUCUUACCUUGGUCCUACUUGGAAAAUUCGGUAUUUCUGCGUCCUUCUCCUUGGUGUUCUUUUACACGCAGGAAAUAUAUCCAACAAACCUCAGGAACACUGGAGUUGGUCUGUCGUCUGCAGUCUGUUACAGUGCUGCAAUGAUAGCGCCCUUCACCGCUGAUAUUACAAAGGUUUUCAAAUACUUCCCCGGUGUUGUGUUUGGUGGUUUGUCUAUCGCAGUAGGAAUUUUUGCCCUGUUGUUGCCAGACACACGUCUCAGGCAACUUCCUCAAACCAUUGACGACAUUCGAAGAUGGCAAGAGGCUAAAGAAAAGCAUGGGAUACAUCGAAUAAAUGCUUGUUGGAAGAAGUCUUCAUCGUACGCGGGAGAGGGCGUUCUUGUUUCUUCCGAUCAAGACAACGAAGAGAUCGGGAAAAAAUUGGCUUUAGCAACAAAUGAAUCAGAAGUGUUUUUGUUGACUGGCAAACUGUCUGAAUAAACACUAAUUUCAAGGCAUAUCGAUAGUGCAAAGUGGACAUAAAGAAUUCCACCAAGAUUCAACAAUUUCACGGCAGUCAAGUUUGAUUACAUACCCGGGAUUACAUACUAGUUUCCACAGUGCCCCUGGUUCCGAAAGAGCUCGGGAGUAUAACUUCAGCUUCUCAGCUUCAGUACCUAGCAGUUUCAGUUCAAUCUAGCAAUGGCAAAUGCCCGUAGAAGUUAAAGCGGGCAAGAUUGUGGAGAUGGAUGAUUUACCAAGCCCUUCAUAGCCAAGAUAUUUAAGAGUACUAGCGACAUCUAUUGGUUAACUGCAUAUCUGAGACUUUAAAAAUAUUAUAGUUUGUAGAGAUACUGAAGUAAAAAAGUAAGAAGGAAGUCAUCAUCAUAAAAUUAUUAUGAAAUCGAUCAAAAAGCACUAAAACCUGUUUGAAACUGCCAUAAUUCCCUUACUCUAUUCCAGCGUACCACACUCUCACAGCUAAAGAAGAUCAUUAUUAAAUACGAUGGAAAGAUCGCAUGAUAAAAUCUCCCUUGCAUGAUUGCACCACAACCGGUUAAACAUGCGUCUACGUAUAAUUCAUAAUCACUUGAUGAAUUUUCAGAUAAAAUAUGAAUACCAUUGUAGUCAGGCAGAAAAUUUAAAAGCCACCUAAGAUAUUUUUGAAACUCCUCAUCGAGAAACAGUACACAGUACCUGUCCCGUACGCCACUCCCAAAUCCUCUAGCAUACGACCAACAAAUAACCUAGCGGAUCGGACGCAUUGCGAUAUAAAAUGCAACGUUCUCAAGAGAACCUGUAACUCUUUCAGGGAGGCAACCUUUUUAGACCGCCAGCUACUGAUCAUCUGAUAAACCUCAAUAAUUUUAGAACUCGGAAUUGAUAAUUGCAUUUUCACGGUGUCGAACUCGACCCCCAAGAACGGCAUAACCGUUGACAGUAAAACUCGCUUUUCUUUGGAAACCUCUAAACCCAGAUCCGACAACAACUUUGAAAGCGACUGAAAUGCACAACUAGCCUCUUGGACAGAGCCAACAACAGCAAUAUCGUCAAUAUAAUUAACAGCCUAAAAACCCGCUUUUUGAUGUAAAUAGUCGAUGGCAUCCGUCAUUCUUUGACACAUUAAACUGCCUGUCCUAAGACCAAAAGGAACUCUCCUGUCAAUAUAAAGCGAGCCAUUCCACUGAAACGCUAAUAAUGGAAAAUCUAGAGGGUCAACACAAAUCUGCCUAUACGCCCGUUUCAAGUCUUGCUUAUACAAUAAAAAAACAGGUCCAUGUUUCAAAACCAACGUUACUAAUGCCUUGGUCACAUUUGCUCUGAUUUUCACUACGGCGCCCGACCACUUGAGUAUUUUGUUCAGAAAUGUAUUCAAUUUUGAACAAAAUACUCAAUUGGCCAAUGAAUCGCAGCAAAUGUGAC